AUGGCCAACCCAUCGUCUGAGGCUUCUAACAGCCUUCCUACCCCAAACCCUUAUUCUGGGUAUAAGUGGACUUACUUCACAUCUCUGGAUGGCCCACUUCGCUCACGAGCUGAGCGGUUUCUCACAACAGUAGACUGGCCUGCGCUUCUAGCUUACGCAGCCGAGAGUCGGAAUGAAAUUGCUGCCGUCCUCCUUUCUGAUAUUGGUCUCGGUUACAAUCAUAUGGUUCGAAUCCUUGAAUUUGGAGAUGGGAAGCGAUUGGUGGCCCGACUACGCAUGCCUCCUCUUCAUGACAAAAUUGUCAGCGAUGACAUUGUGGCAACAAUAAUAAAUUGCGAAAUGAACGCAAUGUUUCUUGUGCGCCAGAAAACCGACGUCCCUGUUCCCCAGAUCCACGCUUUCGAGACAACAAGCCACAACGCCGUAAAGGCGCCAUUUACAUUGAUGGAUUGCUUGGAUGGCAAUGUAGGGAUGGAUUUAGGUAUGCAGGUACCAGUAAAGCAUCAGAAACCCCUUUUCAAGAGUCUAGCAAAGAUACAUGUCCAGCUUUCGGCAGUACAACUUCCUAAGAUCGGCACUAUUGUCUCUAUCAAUGAAGAUGGUACUUACCAGCAAGGCCCAAUACCAGGGAUCGGGGGCCCAUUCGAUACUGCCACUGAAUUUUUCAAAGCAUGGGCAGCUAACACUGAAUUCGGUAUGCCUGAAGAGAAAUUACGAGCAGCAUCGGGCCCAUACGCAGAGGAGAUUUUACCCUCUGUCUCGUUGUUUACCAAGUCCAUCACUAAGAUAGCCGAAAGACUGUCCGUUCGAGACAAGGGCCCAUUUCCCCUCUGCCACGGAGACUUCGGCCAUAACAAUAUCAUUGUUGAUGAUGAGUAUCGCAUCCUCGGAGUAAUUGACUGGGAAGGAGCAUUCGCUGGACCGUGGGAGCUAUUUGGCGACUUCCCCUUAACACUCCAAGUGAUCCCACCUGCCAUGGAUUUACCAUCUAAUUAUGGAGAGGAUGGCAUUCCUGAGGAUGACAGCUUGAAACAAAAAUUCACCGACCAGAAAGAAUAUGUGAGGGUUAUACGAGAUGAGCCGGAAAGCCUCGGGGCUCAUGUACUGCUGUCGGAGAUAAUAGGGAACUUCAAAAGGCAGCAGUUGAUAACUGCGAUGAGAUUGUAUCAAGACGGAAAGGUCGGAUGGUACUCUAAGCUGAUCGAUCAAUUUUCUACCUAA